UCAGUCCAUACCGCGUUCGGCGAUGCGUUUGCGUGUAAACAACGGUAACGUGUAGCAGCACUACACUCGGACACGAUAAUUAUUAUUAUCGUAUUAAUAUCGACGUAAAUAUAUUAUUUUUCCGUUCGUGCGCGCGUAAACAGCGGAUGUCGAUCAUGUUACCGGCCGGCGUGUUGACCGCGAGACGCGCCGUCGUUGCGGCGACCAGACCGCGUUGGACCGCCGUGGCCGGCGUCCGUCACCGGUCCGGCGACGACCGGAAAUGCACUGCGGCCGCGUCGACGUGCCGUCUGCCGGAACCGAAACGCCGGUCCAACGCGCGCCUUGGUUGCGGCCGUAGGGCCACCGUCUUUCCUGCCCCCGCCGCCGCCGGUUACUGUACGCGAGCCGGCAAAAAGACCGUGCCGUUCUUGUUGGCCGACAUCGGCGAGGGCAUCAGCGAGGUGACCGUCAAGGAGUGGUACGUGAACGUGGGCGACGUGGUCUCGGAAUUCGACGACGUGUGUGAAGUGGAGAGCGACAAGGCGACCGUGACCAUAACCAGCCGGUACGCGGGCGCCGUAACCAAGGUACACUACGAGGCGGGCGCUACGGCUCGGGUGGGCAGCGCCCUGGUGGACAUCGAGGUGGACGAGGACGGCCAGACGGCCGCGGAGCAAGUGGCGGCCGACGCGGAAGUAGUAGCGACGGGUGCGGAGGAAGUGGUCGCCGGGUCGUCUGGCGAACCCGCGGGUUUGGACGCCUCCGACGCCGGCGUAACCGCGAAGGUGCUGACCACGCCCGCGGUGCGCAGGAUCGCCGCUGAAAAAGGAAUCGAUCUGACGACGGUCCACGGUACCGGCAAACACGGUCGAGUGCUCAAGGAGGACAUUUUCGGGUUCCCUGACCCCACCCCCGCCGGCGCAGCGGUUAGUAGUCGGCAGCAGCCACUGCCACCGUCGGAGGAGGGCUACACGACGCUGACGGGUUACGCCAAGACCAUGCGGAACACGAUGGAGGCGUCCAACAAGAUACCGACGUUGGUCAUCACGGACGAGGUGAACCUGACCCGGUUGAUCGAACUGAAAGCACAGCUGGCGCCGCACGUCAAGCUCACGCUGCUACCGUUCCUGGUGAAGGCUACCUCACUGGCGCUGGCCCUGCACCCGCGCAUCAACAGCACCGCCAGCGCGGACUUCAGAGCGUUCAAACUCAACAGGUCGCACAACAUCGGCGUGGCUAUCGACACGCCGCUCGGACUGGCUGUGCCCAACGUCAAAGACGUGCAGACGCUCAGCGUGGUCGACGUGGCGCGCCGACUGGCCGAUCUCCGCGCCAAGGCCGCGAAAGGCAAGUUGUCGCCGGCCGACGUGACGGGUGGCACGUUCACGCUGUCCAACAUGGGCACGAUCGCGGGCUCCGCGUUCCAGCCGAUGAUCCUGCCGCCCGAGGUGGCCAUCGGCGCACUGGGCCGGGUCAAUUACCGGCCGCGGUACGAUGACCAAGAGCGACUGGUCCGGACGCCCGUCAUGGGUGUGUCCUGGGGAGCGGACCACCGGAUCCUGGACGGUGCUGCGGUGGCCAGGUUCUACAAGGACUGGAAGACGUACGUGGAGAAUCCGGCACUAGUGUUGGCUGACGUCCAGCUGGAUGAGUCCGAUACGUCACUAUAACGGUAGUGAUCAUCUCGGCUCCAGUUGUGUACUGUUUUAUAAAUAUAAUAUAUAAUGAUUAUAAUAUUACAA